UGCGCGCGCGCGCGUGUGUGUCUUGUGCUCAUUUUCACUGCACUUCGCUGGAUGAGGGCAGUAAUGGCGCUGGAGGCUGUUCUUAAAAGAAUAUGCGACAGCAGCGGGUCAGUGGAUGGUGAUGGCCUUCUGGACAUGUCGGUGUCACUGCCGGACUCUGAGGAUUUGGACACUGUCAUCAGGAACAGCGACUACUUCACUGUCAUUCAACGGGACAACUGUAAAAAAGUGAUUGUCCGGACUAAUCUUAAGCUCUGCUGGCCCGGAGAGUGUGACGAAGCCUGCAAACAUCUACACCUGUGCAGAUUUUACCUGCUGGGAGAGUGCAGGGGGUGGAGAUGCACCUACGGCCACAGCCUGGAGUCGGAGCACAACUCAGCGGUUCUACGCGAACACAACCUGCGUGGGCUUAACAAAGACCAGCUGAGGGUCCUCCUGCUACAGAGUGACAGCAGACUGCUUCCUCAUGUGUGUGUCUCAUACAACAAAGGCAGGGGUGAAUAUGGGAACUGUCCUGAUAAAGAGGCCUGUAGAAGACUCCACAUCUGUGAGAGCUACAUCAGAGGAACCUGUGAUGACAGCAGCAAAUGCAGACGAUCCCACGACUUCUACGAACCUCAUCCCAUGAAAAACCUCCAGGCCAAAGGAGUGUCCAGUCAGCUGAUAGGGUCACUUUUGUUGAUCUACAGGAACAUUAUGGCCCUCAAGGACCACAGCAAUGCCAGGGGUGAAACCAGCGCCAAGAGGAAAGUGGACACCAAGUCCAGCAACAAGGACAAAGUGCCUGCGUCCUUGCAGAGAAAUGCAGAAAACAUGAUUUGCCUGUCUUUUGUCAAAGGCUACUGCAAAUUUGGAGAGAGAUGCUGGAGAAUCCACUUUGAUAUGCCAUACAAGUGGGAGGUGGAGGUGGACCAAGUGUGGACAUAUUUACCAGACAACGAGGCGAUAGAGCGAGACUACUGCAACCCAGUCAAGACCUACAGUGUGGGGAUUGAGCCUGUGCGCUUUGACACAAUGACCCAGGGGUUCCGCAGAGUGCGGCGUGUCUCUACAGAGUCUUCAGUCCUGGAACCCACCUUUGUCCUCACUACACAGUGGAAGUGGUACUGGGAGAACGAGUAUGGGAAGUGGAUCCAGUAUGCAUCAGUUAAGGAAAUGCACAGGCUGUCCUCUGUCAGCGGUCAGGAACUGGAGCAAAAAUACCUACAAUUCCUGAAGGACAGCAACAAUGCUGUGGUCAGAUUUACUGCUGGCAAUCAGUUUUACGAGCUGAAUUUCAGAGAUAUGAAGCAGAGAAAUGAAAUGACUGGCACAGAGAGAACGGUCAGACGGCGGCCUCAGUUUGUUUCUACCUUGGACGCCCAGAGAGCGAGAGCUAGCAGAAGAGGUGCACAGUCCAGCUCUCAUAAAGGCGUUCCUGGCUUUUGGGACCAAUCUGCAAUUCCAGAUUCAGGUUUUCAGAGGGUCCUCCUCAGUCCCUCGGACAAGGAUUAUACCAGAGUGCAAGAACGUUUCCACAAGACCAUGACGGGCUUUACCAUCCUGAGAAUCGAAAGGGUCCAGAACAGGGAACAAUGGGAAGACUUUCAGACAAAAAGAGAGCGAAUGAGGAAAGCGAAUAAGGACAAGAAAUAUGAAGAAGGGGAGCGUUUGUUAUUCCAUGGCACCAAAUCCGAUUGCAUUGAUGCUAUAUGCAACCAGAAUGUUGACAUGAGGUUAUCUGGAGCUAAUGGAACAGUGUAUGGUCAAGGAAGUUACUUUGCCAGGGAUGCAAAGUAUUCCCAUGGUUUCACUGACAAAUAUGGUGAGAAAUCCAUGUUUGUGUGCAGAGUACUGGUUGGACAGUACACUAGAGGAGUGUCCAGUUAUCGCCGGCCUCCAGCCAAAGAUUCCACAGGCACUCUUUAUGACAGUUGUGUCGAUAACCCCAAAGAGCCCACCAUUUUUGUGGUGUUCGAUAGACCCCAAGUCUACCCAGAGUUCCUGAUUACAUAUGAAGAGGAGACAUUCUCUCAAUCUGACGUAAAUUUUAUCAAGUCUUUUGUUUGCCCUGUUAGUCAGAGUUUAGCUCAGUUAGCAAUCACAGACAUCACCUCGACCUCUAAACCCACGGCCCUCACAGACAGCAGCCUAUCUGCUGCUAAUGGAAGCCAAAUGGCAAGCUCAUCUCUCGAGAAAUACACCAUCACAUCCAGUCCAACCACUACAGAACCAGCCUCGCCUUGUCUUAGCACUGCUACAGCGAGUAACCCUCUCGUUGUUGUCAUGGAUUCAUCAGUAAGUCAACAUAGGGGCUUAGCUUCUUCCCAUCCUCUAGUAGAUGGUAAUCUUGCAGAUGCUAACCGAGUUGUCACAGCUCCAAAAAGGGACCAGUUGUCACACCUCAAUUCAAAGCCUCCAGCUCAGUUUGGUUCCUCUCGGUUGCCUUCAAAGUCUGGUCACGACCUGGCAGCAGCAGUUUCAGAGAAAUCAGAUGAUCAUCACCUGAUCUCACGUAAGCCUAGCUUUCCAGAUUCCACCGUUCAGUCUGAAAGUGCUAAAAUUCAAAAAGCAUCCCACACUUCUGACUUCACAAAGCCAGCACCUCAGAACUUGCUGCAAGAUUCCCGCAAAUCACUGACUCUCACCAGCGUAGACUCAGACUCAGGGUGGGAUGUUUUGGAUCCAUUUGCAACCCUUUUAAACUUUCCAGCCAACUCCAAAUCUUUUCUACUCGAUUAUUCUCCUCCCACCAGUGUCUCAGCAAAGGCAAGCACAGACAAAGACAGCAGAACAGGUAAUACUGUUCAAUCUGAGAGUGCUAAAAACCUGAAAUCAACUCUAUCGUCUUGCAGCGCUGACUUCACUAAGCCUGCACCUCGGAGCUUUCAGGAGGACUCAACAGUUCUGCAGGAGCCUCAAACCAAGACUACGCAUUUUCUCCGUGAUCAGUCUGCUGAUUCCUCUUUCUCUGUGCUGUACAAUAGUAGUUCCUCUUCAACUAGCAGCCGGCUUUAUUCUCCUGGCGUCUCAAGCUCCUCAGACGUUUCCAAUCGCCAAAGAGCAUGUUCUCCACCUUUGCAACGGGAACAAACAAAAAAAACCUGUGUAGUGCAGUGAGAUUUUUAUGGACUGAUUUUACAUGCACUCUAAUGGUAUGACCAUUAUCUGAUUUCAGCAGUUAUCAGAUUGGUCAGGUGGCCAUGUAAAGACACACAUACACACACUACUUCCAAGCCACUUAUCCUUCCAGUUCAUGUGGGGAGCUGGAGCCUUUCCCAGCAGUCAUUAGGUGGAAGGCAGGAUACACCCUAGACUGGUUGCCAGUCCAUCACAGGAGAGACGGACAGAAAUGUAAAUUCAUACCUAGGGGCAAUAUAGCAUGUCCAGUUAGCCUGAAUGCAUGUCUUUGGACUGAGGGAGGAAACCAGAGCAUCCGGAAGAAGCCCACGCAGAGAUGGGGAGAACAUACACACUCCACACAGAAAGGACCCUGGUUGCCCGGCUGGGGAAUCGAACCCAGGCCUCAUGUAAAAAGGCACACUGCAAUACCUUAUACUGGAUAAAAGCGGUUGUUUUGGCAUAAUAAUCGGGUUGUUUAUAGAAAGUGUACUGUUAAUUGGGUAUCUGUGAAUGUGCGCAAACAGAACCAGGUUAAGAACAUAGACUUGCAAAGGUUUUAUGCGAAAGUUUUGGCACCCCUGAUGAAGUGAUGUGCUUUGUUGAUUUUCUAAGUGAAAAUGAGUGAACGUGUCCUCUACACACUUAAAUGCAAAGUUACUGUUUAUUUGCUUGAUUUAGCAUUCUGGAGAUAUAUAUAUAUAUAUAUAUAUAUAUAUAUAUAUAAAAUAUGAUCUGUGUAAAAAUGAUGCCACAUUGUAUUUUUCUGAGUUUUUUCAAUGCGUUAAACUCAAACAGAAAUUGUGGGAAAAUGCUUUAUUUACGUUCGAUCCCUGUAGGUUGUGAAAGAUCAACAAAACAUGUGAUUUGACCUAAGAUGUUCAAACUUUUGCAUAUGAUGUAGUUUUCAUUUUGUGGGUAUCACAUUAUUUUGUACAUGUAAAUGUACUCAGUAUCUGUUGUGAAGCAGAAACGUGAUUGGGUAUUGAUGUUUUAAGCUGCAGUGAUUAAUGAGUGAACGAAUGAUUAGUUAAUGAUGAUGUAUUAAUGAAUUGUCGUACUGCUUACAUGUGAGAGCACGUUUCAGUCAUUUUCUUCUAGUAAACUGAUGGUUUGAAAGACAUGAUGAGACACCAAAAACACUUUCAGUCCCAGUCAGCUCCACGUUGACCGUGUCAAGUAAGGACAUUAUUGUGAAAAUCCGAAGAAACUUUAAAAAUAUGGUUAUAGUUUUACUAAAAUAUAUGUGCGAUCCUUAUUUAAUUGUCAGAACUGCUGCUACUAAUAAGUAUUAAUAAUAAUAAUAAUAAUAAUGAUGUUAAAAUAAAAUUAGUUUAUUGAAGUGAUUAGUGUUCUUUAGUUGUACCUUCUGCAUUGAUUCAAGUCACCAAAUGACAAAACAUGUCUUUCAACACUGCACACAGCACAAUGACUUUUCAUCAAAUUCAAAUUAGUAAUAAUAAUAAAUAUAAUAAUAAUAAUCAUAAAGUGUCUCCUUCUUACAAACACAAACAUGGUAUAAGGUGAAAGUUUAGAACUCACACUUCAAACAGAACGCCUGCGCUUGUUUCUGCAGGUAUAGAUAAGAAAUAAUUGAACAAUAUGUAAGAAGAGGUGUUGGGGUGUAGGAGGGGAUUUGAAUUCUAUAGAUGUAUUUUUCAUUUAACAAAGACUAUCUUUGUUAAACGGAGUCUGUAUCUCUCAUAUUCAUUUUCAGUGAGAGUGCAGCUUUGUACAGCUACUUAAAUUUAUGCUCAGCUGAUUAUAAAUAAUAAUCAAAAUGCAUCUAAAAUGUGGAGCCAGCACAGGUAUAUGUAUCCAGAGUAAACAGUGCAGUCCAUUGGUACUACUGGGACAGGAUUAGUUUGACUUGGAGAGGUGGGCCAAUGCCUGUUUACCAUAGGAUGUCUGUAAUGUUUAUGACGGAUGCACAUGGAUAAAAAAUAAAUAUAAAUAAAUAAGUAUAAAUAACUGA